UGGAGUGGAGUGUGCAGGCUGAGCGCUGAGAAGAGGCAGCCUGGGGCAAGGCUGCUCCAGCCUCCUGGGUUCCAGGAGCGGACUGUAGACCCACCAGGACAAUGAGUGAAGAGGCUGUCCCCGAGGCCGCCUCCCCGCCGCCCGCGCAGGGGCAGCAGUACUUCGAGCGCUUCUCUGAGGACGACCCCGAGUACCUGCGCCUUCGCAGCCGUGCGGCCGACCUGCGGCAGGACUUCAACCUGAUGGAGCAGAAGAAGCGCGUCACCAUGAUCCUGCAGAGCCCGUCUUUCAGGGAGGAGCUGGAAGGCCUCAUCCAGGAGCAGAUGAAGAAGGGGAACAACUCCUCCAACAUCUGGGCCCUGCGGCAGAUCGCGGACUUCAUGGCCAGCACCUCCCACGCAGUCUUUCCGACAUCUUCCAUGAACUUCUCCAUGAUGACGCCCAUCAACGACCUCCACACAGCCGACUCCCUGAACCUGGCCAAGGGGGAGCGGCUCAUGCGGUGCAAGAUCAGCAGCGUCUACCGCCUCCUGGACCUGUACGGCUGGGCCCAGCUGAGCGACACCUACGUCACGUUGAGAGUCAGCAAGGAGCAGGACCACUUCCUGAUCAGCCCGAAGGGAGUUUCUUGCAGCGAAGUCACAGCAUCCAGCCUGAUCAAGGUGAACAUCCUGGGAGAGGUGGUGGAGAAGGGCAGCAGCUGCUUCCCAGUGGACACCACGGGCUUCUGCCUGCACUCGGCCAUCUAUGCCGCCAGACCUGACGUGCGCUGCGUCAUCCACCUGCAUACUCCGGCCACGGCGGCGGUGUCGGCCAUGAAGUGGGGCCUCCUGCCUGUGUCCCACAACGCCCUGCUGGUGGGGGACAUGGCCUAUUACGACUUCAAUGGUGAGAUGGAGCAGGAAGCCGAUCGGAUCAACCUGCAGAAGUGCCUUGGACCCACCUGCAAGAUCCUGGUGCUAAGAAACCAUGGAGUGGUCGCUCUGGGUGACACCGUAGAGGAGGCAUUUUAUAAGAUCUUCCAUCUGCAGGCUGCGUGUGAGAUACAGGUGUCCGCUCUGUCCAGUGCGGGGGGCGUGGAGAAUCUCAUCCUCCUGGAGCAGGAGAAGCACCGACCCCACGAGGUGGGCUCUGUGCAGUGGGCAGGGAGUACCUUCGGGCCCAUGCAGAAGAGCCGGCUGGGGGAGCACGAGUUCGAGGCCCUCAUGAGGAUGCUGGACAACCUGGGUUACAGAACUGGCUACACAUACCGCUACCCCUUUGUUCAAGAGAAAACCAAACACAAAAGCGAGGUGGAGAUUCCAGCCACGGUCACAGCCUUCGUGUUUGAGGAGGAUGGCACCCCGGUGCCCACCCUGCGGCAACACGCCCAGAAGCAGCAGAAGGAGAAGACCCGCUGGCUCAACACGCCCAACACCUACCUGAGGGUCAACGUGGCCGACGAGGUCCAGAGGAGCAUGGGCAGCCCCCGGCCCAAGACCACAUGGAUGAAGGCUGACGAGGUGGAGAAAUCCAGCAGUGGCAUGCCCAUACGGAUUGAAAACCCAAACCAAUUUGUGCCUCUCUAUACCGACCCCCAAGAAGUGCUGGACAUGCGCAACAAGAUCCGAGAACAAAACCGACAGGACGUGAAGUCGGCAGGGCCCCAGUCCCAGCUGCUGGCCAGUGUCAUCGCUGAGAAGAGCCGAAGCCCGUCCACAGAGAGUCAACUGAUGUCCCAGGGCCAGGCGGAUACCAAAGACGAGUCCGAGGAGACGGCGCCCAACCCCUUCAGCCAACUCACAGACCAGGAGCUGGAGGAGUACAAGAAAGAGGUGGAGAGGAAGAAGCUAGAACUCGAUGGAGAGAAAGAACCCACCCCAGAGGAGCCUGGCUCACCUGCAAAGUCUGCACCUGCUUCUCCAGCUCAGAGUCCAGCCAAGUCAGAGACGAAGAGCCCCGCGGGCUCUCCCUCCAAGUCUGUGGACGAAGACACUAAGAAGACGGAGACAAGCCAAACCACCACAGAGCCAGAAACAACGCAGCCCGAAGGCGUGGUGGUCAACGGCAGGGAGGAUGAGCAGACGGCAGAGGACGUCCUCAGCAAAGGCCUCAGCCAGAUGACCACCACCGCCGACACGGACGUCGAUACCUCGAAGGACAAAACCGAAUCCGUCACCAGCGGCCCCAUGUCCCCAGAGGGCUCGCCUUCCAAGUCUCCCUCAAAGAAGAAGAAGAAAUUCCGCACCCCAUCCUUCCUGAAGAAGAGCAAAAAGAAGGAGAAAGUGGAGUCCUGAUUCGCAGCCCCACAGGGCUCCCAUCUGCGCCCUCCCCGCCCCCCUUCUCCCAUCUCUGUCCCUGGAAGCACGGACCGAGGAGGGGUCGGAUAGGCCCUGGAUCACAUUCUGAUGGGAAGCUUAGCGAUUGCCCUGCCAACCCCUCAUUUCACAGUUGCCCCACGGAAAUCAGGUGACUUGCCCAAGGUCACACAGCUAGUUUGUGGCAGAGCCUGCACUAGAAUUCAGGUCUCCUGGCUCCCAGGCCAGUGCCCUUUCCACUACGCGACACUGCCUGGCUGUGGGCCGCCCUCGUGAGGAUGCUGCCCCGAUCUGAGCCCAGGGCAGGGGGCCAAAGGCGGCCGCAAGCCCUCACAACUCAGACCCAAAUCAGACAGGUCGAGGCCUCCCUGAGCAAGGUCCUUGUCCUUGCGGGGACCCAGUCUCCUGCUGACGGAGCUGUCACUACGUAUAGAAAUCUCUCUUCUCUGUGCCAUGGGGUAACUGCCCUGCUGCGCACGGCGACCACACAAGCGGACCCAUCCCCUCCACUGGAAGUUAAUCCUUGUUCCCAAGGGCUCAUGGCUUAGCUCGUGCUUCCCCAACCACUAACCCUGAGCUUUCUUCAUGGAACCUCUGGAACGAGGCCGGAACUGUUGUAAGAGCGGGCAGACCCGAGGGCAGCCCGGUCAGCCAUGGGGUGGAGGGAUGGGUUGAUCAAUAGCAGAAGCCAGGAACUUGACCCAUUUGAAUCGUGCAUCUCAGGCGCUUCAAAACUGAAACCAAAUUUAGCUUAGAAAAACCUUAUCUCAUGUGCAGGGCCGAAAUUUGGGGAAAUUUCAGUCCUCUGUUGGCUUUGGGUUGUACAAGGAGGAUCAGGACAGCACGGAUAUGCGAUGCCUUUCAAGCAUUGCCUGACACUCGGAGCAAGGCGACUCACCCUGUCUCCCCCCCGGUCCAGCAUGAGGGGUCCCCUGACCUUCCCUUAAACCUAGAAGCUCCAGCUCACAGCCCGAAACUGGCAUCUUACCCUUUACCUUGGCUCCUCUGAGUUCUGACUCAAGUCACUUUGGGUCCAGCAGAGGAGAAUGAGGGGAGCCCUUUAGGAUCAAUCCUCUUGGACCAGCUCUCAGAGAAAGGCUUGGGUGUCCCCGGCCCUGUCACUGUCUGUCCAUCCAUCCUGGGUCCUGUGAGAAGUCACAGCUAUUGUUUUAAAUGCCAUCCCUAUCUUUUCAUACUCUUCCCUGGGGCAUUGAUUUAUAAGCAUCAUUGGCUCCUAAAAAAUAGACAAUCCAUCCUCUUUAAAGCACAGUGUCUUCAAAGAAUAUUUUCCCUCUCUGCUCUGAA